AUGAAACAGCCCUACAUAUAUCCAUCAGCAUUACUGGAUAAAACAUCGAUUUCUAUAUUCCGACUAAUGAAUACAACAAUGUUUCAAAUCGUUCAAAAAUGUAACUGGCAUGUAUGAUGUCAUGCAUGUAUGACCGUAGCAUUCUUCAUCUCGAUCUAUAUGCGGAAAUAUCCGUAUAGAACUACCUACACAUCGAGCAACCUCACAAAACUCAUCCUCAAAUCCAACGAAGGCGUAGUCCCCGUCUGCCUAGGAACCUGCUCAUCCUUAGUCUCUAUCCCAAACCUCUCCACAAUUAACGCAAUCUGUCUUCACAUCUGCGCCAACGCCCCGUCCGCGCCCGACACAGCUCCGCGCCCCGUAGAUGUACGACAGCAUGCAAAUCGCCGACGGGGCGCCCCUGUGCGCGUUUAUUUUUGGCCGCGCGGCGUCAGAUCGGUCGAUUCAGCGUUCUGGGUUGAAUGUCGUGGCGUCGGGCCCCCAGAGGUAAUGGGCGUGGUUGAUGGCUUUCGGGCAGAUGCCGAUGUAGGUUCCUGUGGGGACGAAGCGGUUGGGGAUGGUUGUGUUGCGGAUGGCUUUGCGGAGGAGAGAGAAGGAGGGAUAGAAGCGGGUGGUUUCGAUGAUGAGGGCGUUGAGGAGGGGAGGCCUUCGUAGUUGUCUUCGGAGAUCUGGCUGUGGAUAGCUCUUCUCGUAGGGCUGUCUGGAUGCCUGGAUGGGUGGCUAGAGCAUAGAUGGCCCAGCUCAGAGUGCCUCCAGUCGAUUCAUAGCUGUGUCUCAUCAGUAUACCUUCAUUUUUCCAAAUGGGAAUGGAACUCACCUCGCAGCUAAAAUAGUGAAUAUCUGCGGAAUAGCGUCCUCAUCAAACGACUUGCUCGCAAUCAAAUUCGACAAAAAGUCCCUCUCCCCAGCUUCUCCUUCACCUUGUUCAUUCUCUAACGACCGCCGUAACUGUAACUAAGAUAAAUAUAGAAUUAGGAAAGAUAUCCAAGAAAUGCAAAAGAGACCAAAAGGCUGGUUGUCCACAGAGCAAAAUGUUAGAAGAAUCCUGGUUUAUAC